AUGUUUCCAGGAGGCAUGAACCCAUUUAUGCAGCAGCAGCCACAGAAGAAGAUCUCAAAGACAGAAAAGAUAACCCGAAACGUGGCAAUCGGUGGAGUGUGCCUUUUCUUGGGCUGCCUCUUCUGGGAUACCAAAGGUGCCCCAGUCGCAUCCAUUCCUUACACACGCGAAAUCCUCGGCACCUUCGGCUACGUCAACCACCAUUUCUUCGGAUAA